AACAGAUGGCGGCGGCGGCGGCGGGGCGUACAUCCAGCACAAAUCUGACGGGGUGGAGGCUCUGACGGGGGGAGUCCGGGCCAGCUACCAGAGUUGGUUGUCUAAUGAGGAACAGGGAUACGGCCUGGUCAAUCUGACCUCAUUGAGAAUUUCUUGCCUACAGUCUUGGAUUUUUCUCUUUUAUCCUCGGGGUUUCUUCUGGAGGCCGCAGAGACCUCGGGCUAGAUUUGUCUCCACACCGACCCGAGUGCGAGAAGACAUCCGUGGGGUUGUUUGGAAAGUCUCAUGAAAUGUAUUUACCAGAAUUUGGCGGUUUGAGGUUGUAACAUGUUUGUUUUGUAGAGUAAAUAGUGUUUACACGAUAGCAAAAAAGUGGAAUUAAUGUGAAAGAGGAAAAAAAAGUUCAUGAGACAAGCUAACUAGUUAGCUAGCUUGCUAUAAUGCUAGUUAGCUACCUAGCAGCGAAACUCUAGCAUGUUGAAUGAAUGAAUGAAUGAAUUCGACCACUUGCAUUUAACAGCUUGUUGUUAUUACAACAAAACGUCGAAUAUUGCAUAAAAGGGCACAUAUUUUGUACAACAGAGUGAGCCUGUCUGGCUGACUCUUCUUUUUACUAUUACACUAACGCUACAUACCCACAAAUGGACAGGAAUGCGAUUCCUGGGAGCUGGUGGACAGCGGCGAUUUAGCACGCAGAGAUAGUGUCGUGCUAAUACUGACUAUAGCCUGGUAAUGUUUAUGAGACUGGGGGGAAGCUAACUUUAGCUAGCUACAAAUAUUUGCACUACACGGACUUGGCUGCAAUAGUGUGAAGCUCACGCCCGGUUUGGGAUGGGGAAUACGGUGUCAUGCUGCGUCUCUCCCGAGUCGAGCCCCAAGCUGCCGUCGAGACAACCUGCAGAGCGGCUGGAGGAGUUCCAGACCAGCACCGAAGUGAGCGACGACAACACCGUGCCCUAUCUGCAGCAUAUAAGCGACAGAGAGGUCCCCGAUGAGCUGGCCCUGGAGUCUAACCCGUCGGACCACGCCCGAGCGAGCACCAUCUUCCUUAGCAAGUCCCAGACAGACGUACGAGACAAGAGGAAAAGCAACCACAUAAAUCAUAUCAGUCAUGUAUCUCCUGGUCCACUGUCAAAGAAAUACAGCUCCUGUUCCACAAUCUUCAUAGACGACAACACCGUCAGCCAGCCAAACCUCAAAAGCACAAUCAAAUGUGUCACGUUAGCAAUAUACUACCACAUCAAAAACAGGGACUCAGACAAGUCACUGGACAUCUUUGAUGAGAAGUUGCACCCCUUAUCAAGAGAGCCAGUGCCAGACGACUACAACCGUGUAGACCCAGAACACAAACUGAUCUACCGCUUUGUCAGAACACUCUUCAGCGCUGCACAGCUCACAGCAGAAUGUGCCAUUGUCACUCUAGUGUACUUGGAACGCCUGCUGACCUAUGCUGAGCUGGAUAUCUGCCCCGCUAACUGGAAGCGCAUCGUCCUGGGAGCCAUCUUGUUGGCCUCCAAAGUCUGGGAUGACCAGGCUGUGUGGAAUGUCGACUACUGCCAGAUCCUAAAAGACAUCACUGUGGAGGACAUGAAUGAGAUGGAGCGCCACUUCCUGGAACUUCUCCAGUUCAAUAUCAACGUGCCAGCCAGUGUCUAUGCCAAGUACUACUUUGAUCUGCGGCAGCUGGCUGAUGACAACAACCUCAACUUCCCUCUGGAGCCUCUCAACAACCAGCGCGCCCAGAAACUAGAGGCCAUUUCAAGACUAUGUGAGGACAAGUAUAAGGACCUGAACCGAGCAGCGAUGAGACGAUCCUUCAGCGCAGACAACCUGAUAGGUAUACGACACACCAACGCUGUGCUGUCAUAGGUCAGACUGCUGCCGUCUGAUUUCCAAAGCCCAGCUAACCCACAGCCAACCCCGGACAAACAUAGCCACCUCACAGGGUCAACGCAGCCACAUCGGGCAGGAUUAAGGCUUGAAAAUGCUACUGUAUGACCGGCCCUAAUGGUCAUUUGCAUUACGGCUGUAGAGUUGCGUGAUUGUCAAAUUAAACUUGAAAUUGAGGUAUUUACAGAAAACUCACCGAAAACGAAACCCCACACAACUAUUGUUUUUACCAAUCCCUUAUUUAUUUCUUACUUGUCCCUUAUUUCCAGUGUUAAGUAGGAAUUACUCUACUGCAGUUAAAUCUGAGGGGUAGUCUUUGGGUUUUCUUAAAAAAUGUUAAUUUUUGCGGAAAUAUUUUAAUUAUUCCAUGCAGCCUUAAAGGAUACAGCUGGUCUAACUUCUGUAUUAUAUUUGUCACCAAAUUCCAUGAAAAGACCAAAACCAAGAAUGCGUUUGUCUGUCUCUCUGUACUUUCUGACUUCCAUACCCUGUCUGUAGCUCUCGGCCCCAAACCGAUUGGAUCCUACUGAAGACAAAUAUUUUAUGUGGGCCACAAACAGUUUAAUUAUUAAAAAAGGCUCAGUAAUUUCCAAGCUGCCACUGUAGUUUCUUUCAAACUUUAACUCAAACAGAAGCACGUGGUUCCUUUGUUGGGGACUAUGUUUAGCAGUGAAUUAAUAGUUGGCGUUCCUAGUAGCAGCAGCAGGAGGGUGUGUGUGGGACAUAAAAAUAAACUGUGCAGUACACAGCUACUACAGUGUGUGUGUUUUUAAAUAUUUUAUGAACAAUGUCACUCUAUGGCCCAGAGGAAUAAGGUAUUUCAGGCUUUGGAUUGAUAUUUGUCAGUCUGAUCAAUUAAUUGUUGGUUUUGGUCAUUUCAUGGGAUUUGUUGACAAGAAAAUGUAGAAUAUCAGCAGACAUAUCCUUUAAUAGGCACAUCACAUCAAAUGCAAAAGCUGUUUCUUUGUAAAUUAGAGUUAUUACCAAAAAUUACUUUUGAGAGUGUAAAAAAAAAAAAAAAAAAAAGAGGCUUGUUUACUGUUCAUUCCAUUUCAAAAAAUCUGAAUUUGGAUGGAGCAUACUGCAUGUCUCAGAUGACAAAGUAUUGGACUAUUCCGCAGGAGAUGGCUGUUGUCGUGUCUGGGAAUCAGGAGUGCCAACCUGGGGUCAGUUUUACUUUUCAGAUAAACUUCAGGUGGUCAAAAAGGUUCUGGAUCAGUACUGCUACUGAGUGGCUCGAUAAAGCAGUUAGGUCGACAUAAUGACAAAAUAUAGCAUCCUGACCCCCCCCUCAAAGAGCCCGUCAACACAGUACAAAGCGGGUGAUUGUCCAAGACCCCGACCAGAGCUUUCAAACAAACUACAUAGAUAUUGAGGGGGAAAAAAGAGACUGAUGGAUACUCCCCUCCUUUUUGCUUACUAUGUAGGCUACUAGCUGUGAAAUUUGUCUUGUUUUUAAUUGAAACAAACAUUUGCAGAUGGAGUAUUUUAAAUAAACACUAAUCAUGUAACGAA